GUGCGGGUUCCAUCCCCCCGCUCCGCAAGCCCCGGCCCCCAAGUCCCGCGCGGGCCGGCCAGGGGCGGGGCGUCGGGCCAGCUGAGCUAUCCCGUCAGACCGCGCCAGUUUGAAUGAAAGCUCCACAAGAUGGCGGCGGUCGGGGCCGAGGCGCGAGGAGCUUGGUGUGUGCCUUGCCUAGUUUCACUUGAUACUCUUCAGGAAUUAUGUAGAAAAGAAAAGCUCACAUGUAAAUCGAUUGGAAUCACCAAAAGGAAUCUAAACAAUUAUGAGGUGGAAUACUUGUGUGACUACAAGGUAGUAAAGGAUAUGGAAUAUUAUCUUGUAAAAUGGAAAGGAUGGCCAGAUUCUACAAAUACUUGGGAACCUUUGCAAAAUCUGAAGUGCCCGUUACUGCUUCAGCAAUUCUCUAAUGACAAGCAUAAUUAUUUAUCUCAGGUAAAGAAAGGCAAAGCAAUAACUCCGAAAAACAAUAACAAAACUUUGAAACCUGCCAUCGCUGAGUACAUUGUGAAGAAGGCUAAACAAAGGAUAGCUCUGCAGAGAUGGCAAGAUGAACUCAACAGAAGGAAGAAUCAUAAAGGAAUGAUAUUUGUUGAAAAUACUGUUGAUUUAGAGGGCCCACCUUCAGACUUCUAUUACAUUAACGAAUACAAACCAGCUCCUGGAAUCAGCUUAGUCAAUGAAGCUACCUUUGGUUGUUCGUGCACAGAUUGCUUCUUUCAAAAAUGUUGUCCUGCUGAAGCUGGAGUUCUUUUGGCUUAUAAUAAAAACCAACAAAUUAAAAUCCCACCUGGUACUCCCAUCUAUGAAUGCAACUCAAGGUGUCAAUGUGGACCUGAUUGUCCCAAUAGGAUUGUACAAAAAGGCACACAGUAUUCGCUUUGCAUUUUUCGAACUAGCAAUGGACGUGGCUGGGGUGUGAAAACCCUUGUGAAGAUUAAAAGAAUGAGUUUUGUCAUGGAAUAUGUUGGAGAGGUAAUCACAAGUGAAGAAGCUGAAAGACGGGGACAGUUCUAUGACAACAAGGGAAUCACGUAUCUCUUUGAUCUGGACUAUGAAUCUGAUGAAUUCACAGUGGAUGCGGCUCGAUACGGCAAUGUGUCUCAUUUUGUGAAUCACAGCUGUGACCCAAAUCUUCAGGUGUUCAAUGUUUUCAUUGAUAACCUCGAUACUCGUCUUCCCCGAAUAGCAUUGUUUUCCACGAGAACGAUAAAUGCUGGAGAAGAGCUGACUUUUGAUUAUCAGAUGAAAGGUUCUGGAGAUAUAUCUUCAGAUUCUAUUGACCACAGCCCAGCCAAAAAGAGGGUCAGAACAGUAUGUAAAUGUGGAGCUGUGACUUGCAGAGGUUACCUCAACUGAACUUUUUCAGGAAAUAGAGCUGAUGAUUAUAAUUUUUUCCCCAAUGUUAACAUUUUUAAAAAUACAUAUUUGGGACUCCUAUUAUCAAGAUUGUACCUAUGUUAAUUUACAAUUCAUGUUUCAAGACAUUUGCCAAAUGCCUCUGAAGAGAGGGUCACUGGGUCUCAUAGAUUGAUUUGAAGUCUACAUAUCUAUAGUGCUUAGAGACCAGACUAAUGGAAGGCAGACUAUUUACAGCUUAGUAUAUGUGUACUUAAGUCUAUGUGAACAGAGAAAUGCCUCCCGUAGUGUUUGAAAGUGUUAAGCUGAUAAUGUAAUUAACAAUUGCUGAGAGAUCAAACAUUCAGCUUGCCAUACACCUGAAAUUCGGAGAAACAGUUAAUUUGGGCAAAUCUACCAGUUCUGUUUUUGCUACUCUGUUGUCAUUCCUGUUUAAUAUUCACUGUACUUGUAUUUGAGACAAAUAGGUGAUACUGAAUUUUAUACUGUUUUCUACUUUUUCAUUAAAACAUUGGCAUCUCAAUGAUAUAGAAAUUUAAGGUAUAAAAUUAAAUGUAAAAAUUAAUUUCAGCUUCAUUUCAUAUUUUGAAGCAAUCUAGACUGUUGUGAUGAGUGUAUGUCUGAACCUCUAAUUCUUAAAAGACUUCUUAAUCUUCUAGAAGAAAAAUCUCUGAAGAGCUCUCUCUAGAAGUCCAGAAUGGCUGGCCAUUAUGCUUCUUUGAAAGGACAGGAUAAUGGGACCAGGACAGUUUUUUGGAGUACCAAGCAAGGGGAAUGGAGCACUUUAAGGGCGCCUCUUAGUAACAUGAAUUGGAAAUUUGUGUCGAGUACCUCUGGUCUAAACAGUCUAAACAGUAAAACAAGCUGCCUGGAGAGCACCUGUACCUAAUGAUACUGUAAUGUACAUUAACGUUACAGCCUCUCAAUUUCAGGCAGGUGAUAACAAUUCCUUUCCACCAGAUUUUAUUUUUAUAUUUCCAGCAGGUUCUUCUUAAAAAGUAAUCUAUAUUUUUGAACUGAUAUUUGUUUUAUACAUGAAUUUUUUUUAGAUGUGAUAAAGCUAAACUUGGCCAAAGUGUGUGCCUGAAUUAUUAGACCUUUUUAUUAGUCAACCUGCAAAGACUAAAAUAGAAUAUAUUAGUUUGUAAGGGGGUGGGAGGGUUCCAGCAUAGUAUCAAAUCUCAAUCAGGAAAAACUGUUUUCAUGUCUGAUUCUGAGAUUUCUCAUCGUGUUGUUGAAAAUGAUAAAUGCAGCAAAUCUAGCUUUCAGUAUUCCUAAUUUUACCUAAGCUCAUUGUUCCAGGCUUUAAUUACCUAAAAUAAGCUUGGGUAAAAUUGAACCAACUUCAAGAAUGCAGCACUUCUUAAUCUUUAGCUCUUUCUUGGGAGAAGCUAGACUUUAUUCAUUAUAUUGCUAUGACAACUUCACUCUUUCAUAAUAUAUAGGAUAAAUUGUUUACAUGUUUGGACCCUCAGAAUCUGUUAACCAAAAUUGCAGAAUGGGGAGCCAAGCGUGCGUGGUGGCUCACACCUGUAAUCCCAGCACUUUGGGAAGCUGAGGUAGGAGGAUCACCUGAGGUCAGGAGUUCAAGACCAUCCUGGCCAUCGUGGUGAAACCCUGUCUCUACUGAAAAUACAAAAAUUAGCUGGGCGUGGUGGCACACGCCUGUAGUCCCAACUACUCAGGAGGCUGAGGCAGGAGAAUCACUUGAACCCAGGAGGCAGAGGUUGCAGUAAGCCAAGAUCACACCACUGCACUCCAGCCUGGGUGACACAGUGAGACUCCGUCUC